AUGAAGUUCAUAGAUGAAUUAGAUGUUGAAAGGGUCAAUCAAACGCUAAAUUUUGAGACUAGCGAGUGUAAAAUAAGUGGAGGAUGCGACAUUUUUACAACAAAACCGGUAGCCUCUGAUAAGAAACUAUAUAAGACUAUAGACCACCAUUUGGAAUCACUCUUGCAGGAAAAUGAGGGAUACAAUGCGGUGUGUCAACAGCAGGCUCUUUUGGAGUCAGGGGGCUCUGCUUCACCUCCCGAACAAUCCCCUCAAGGUUGCAACUCUUUUUGGGAGCAGAAAAGACGAAUGUCAAUAAAUGAUAAUCAAAGUUCUAAUGGAAAUGGUAGCAACAGUAGUGGGUCAUAUCUGAGAACUAAUAAGUUAAAUGACCAAAAUUUGAAAGAGUUAGUUCAGAAUGGUGACAAUGGUUACUUAAGUUCUUCAUCAGCUGAAUCUGUAACUCGCGGAAAGGGAAUUAUGAGAAGAACAAGUAGUACGAAUAGUCUUCAAAGUAAUAAAUUCGAAGCAACAAGGAGAAGAUCCUCUGCUUAUGAAAAUGGCAGCAGUAUCAACAUAGGACCUUUUGGUCCUAUCAAUGAAACGGCGAGUCGUAGGACAUUUGCGUAUCUUAUAGCAAUACUGAAUGCUUCAUAUCCCGAUCAUGAUUUCUCUCUUUUGGAGCCAACGGACUUUUUGAAGGUAUCUUUGAAAUCGAUGAUAUCGAAAUUUGAAAAUGCACUCUAUUCACUGGGUAAAAAGCCGGAAGAGUGGAUGUGGGAAGUUAUUAAUUCCCAUAUGGAUAUGUCGGAUUGCGUGAUUUACCAAUACAACCCUGCCAGAUCGUUCAUGGAUGAUGAGCCAGGGCACUUAUGGAGUCUGAUAUGGUUUCUUUUCAAUAAAAAAAGAAAGAGGGUGGCAUACCUUUAUUUGACUUCAGCCAGACUCAAUUUUUCAAGAAAUGAUAUUAAUGAAGAUGAUGAAAAAGAGAGUAAUACACAGAACAGCAGAAAAAGGAUUAUUAUUGGAGAGGAUUCCAAUCAAUUUGAGGGUGAAUAUGACUUGACGUAUGAAGAAAAUGCCAUUGAAGACGACGUUGACGAUGCUAUCGAGUCUUCAAAUAAAGUAUCAAAGGGUCCAUUUUAG